AUAAAACGCGUCGUGAUUUUUCAUGUUUUAUCUGACAAAAAACAAUAUGCAGAAAAUAAUUUUGGCAUCGUUAUUUCUAAUUCCCCUGAGCUUGGGGACAAUUGACUUUAACCCAAUUGUGACCCGGCUGGUAGAGUACCGAGACUCACAGAAUACGGUUUUGGAGGGGUAUUUGGCUUAUCCUGUAAUUACUGGAUUCUUCCGUAAGCGCCCUGCUGUCAUCAUCUUCCAUGCUUUCACUGGACGUACCGAAUUUGAUAAUCAGAAGGCUAGGGAUUUGGCUAAGCUCGGCUAUGUAGCAUUUGCUGCGGAUACCUAUGGAAAAGGAAAGGCCGCUCCAGAUGUGAAUGGAAAUUUUGCAAUUAUGGGGCAACUUCUAGGCAAUAGAACCACAAUCCUCCGCAACCGAAUUAUAAGUGCUUGGACCUAUGUGAAGGGGCUCUCUUUUGUAGAUACUAACAAUAUCGGGUCAAUUGGGUUCUGUUUUGGCGGGCUUUGUACUUUGGAUUUGGCCCGUUUCAAUGUUGGACUAAAAGCUGCUGUGUCGUUCCAUGGAACACUUACGGAUUACCCGGGAAAUGGAACAGCAAUCGACGCCUCAAUUCAAGCUCAUCAUGGAGAUGCAGACCCUCACACUACAAAUGAAAAUGCCGAGGAUUUCAUUGAAGAAAUGAGGAGAAGAAACGGUGAUUGGAUGUUCAGUAGAUACGCCCACGCCCUCCACGCCUUUACUCUCCCCGGAGUCGAGAAUUGGGGAAUUCCAGGAGCCGCAUUCGAUCCUAUUGCUUCGAAUAGGUCUUGGAGCGCCAUGGAAGCGUUUUUGGCUGAAAAACUUCUUAAUUGAGAAGUUUUGAAAUUUUAAUGUUUUUCGAAAAAAAAACUUUGAAAAAAAAAUUUCUGAAAUUUUAUCUGAAUUUUGUUUUCUUCACAAUUUGAUCACUUUUAAUUCUUAUUUUGUAAAAAUUACACAAUUUCGUAGUAAUUUAUCGUGAAGAGACCUUCUUUUAACCUAUACCUCGAACCCUUCCCCAUAAUAAAGUUCAGCAAAAAAAUAUCCCUGCCAUUUUUAGUAAUUUAUUUUAUUUUGCUUUUCUUGUAAAUAAUAUACAUAUUCUGUCAAAUAAAGGUUGAAAACUUUAAUUUUGUUAA